AUGGUCGACGGGGCAACUGGAAUCAAUCAUCUCAUAAUUGUCUGUGGUCAUGGCAUCUGGCAAGGCGGACCACAGCAUGGCCAUGAUGAAGCCGAGUGGCUGAUUGAAAGCUACAAGCGCGGCGAGACGCCCACCUUCAUCGAGCAUAUCAAAGCCGGAUUAGAGGCCCUCGCACAGGAUAGUCGCGCAGUACUGGCGUUCUCCGGAGGCCCAACAUGGAAGGAAACGCGCCUCUCCGAGGCACGCAGCUACGCGAACCUUGCCGCUGCGAACGAUUAUUUCGGCUGCAUAAGUCCUUCAGAAGAAACCACAGAAGCGCACCCGCUGUCUCCGAUCCCGCUUUCUACCCGCAUAAUUCUCGAGGAACAGGCUUUGGACUCGUACUACAACGUCCUCUUUGCCAUCAUUGCCUUCUGGAGAAAGUUUCAAACAUGGCCUGGGAAGAUCACGGUAGUCAGCCAUGCCUUCAAGAAGGCCCGCAUAGUCAACGCUCACUGCGCCGCCAUCGGGUUUCCCCUUGAGCAUGUCAGCUACAUCGGCAUCAACCCGCCCUGCCUUCCGCCAUGGCUUCGGGCGGCACAGGACCUUCCCAUGUCCGCUGCAUUGUCGGAGAACAAUGCCACAACAGGCACCGACCGUGAUCGGAAGAUCACGAAGGAAAAAGCAAAUAUAAUGCGCCAAGUUGCAGAAGUCAUUGGGCAGUGGACAGAGGACCCCCACGGCACUGGGGACGCGCUGGCUGGAAAGCGCCAAGCGCGGAAUCCCUGGGGGGUGAGUCAAAAGCUUUUCUCUAGUGACGACGAGAGGGCUAGGAGCGGACUCGAAACCGUGUUCCUGGUUGAUGGUACAGAGGCGCUUUCUUCAACCCCCAGAGGAAUCGCUUGGGCGAAACGCUAA